GACUGUCAGCUAGCUUUACCCGGAGACCACUCCUAAUAUCACAGUCCAAUGAGACACGACAGUCUUGCUGGUGAAGUGUGUUGUUACGCCGAUGAGCAAAAGACACGUGUAGCUGCCCCCAGCCAUGGGGCUCAGCUGGGUGGUAUGGCCAGCCUUCCUGCUGGUCCUCGCCGUCCAGCAGGCCAAAACCGCAACGCCUGGAGGAAGCAUGCUAGGCGACGUCAACAUAUCCGCAAUUCUUGAUUCGUUUAGCGUAAGCUACGACAAAAGAGUAAGACCAAACUACGGAGGCCCUCCCGUCGAGGUAGGGGUCACCAUGUACGUGCUCAGUAUCAGCUCCGUCUCCGAAGUGCUCAUGGAUUUCACCCUAGACUUCUACUUCCGGCAGUUUUGGACAGAUCCAAGACUGGCCUUCAGGAAACGACCUGGAGUGGAGACCUUAUCAGUGGGGUCGGAAUUUAUAAAAAACAUUUGGGUGCCUGACACAUUUUUUGUAAACGAAAAACAAUCUUACUUCCACAUAGCCACCACCUCUAACGAAUUCAUUCGUAUUCAUCAUUCAGGUUCAAUUACUAGGAGUAUUAGAUUAACAAUAACAGCUUCCUGCCCCAUGAAUCUUCAGUAUUUCCCUAUGGAUCGACAACUGUGCAAUAUAGAAAUCGAAAGCUUCGGUUACACCAUGAGAGACAUUCGCUAUAAAUGGAACGAAGGACCCGUUUCAGUUGGCGUAUCAAAUGAAGUGUCUCUUCCGCAGUUUAAAGUCCUGGGACACAGGCAAAGGGCUAUGGAAAUCAGUCUCACAACAGGAAACUACUCUCGUUUGGCCUGUGAAAUCCAGUUCGUUCGUUCCAUGGGUUACUACCUCAUACAGAUCUAUAUCCCGUCCGGCUUAAUAGUUAUUAUUUCCUGGGUAAGCUUCUGGCUAAAUCGAAACGCCACACCGGCUAGAGUGGCUCUAGGGGUUACCACUGUACUCACAAUGACAACUCUUAUGUCCUCAACAAACGCAGCCUUGCCCAAAAUUUCUUACGUUAAAUCGAUUGACGUUUAUUUGGGCACCUGUUUCGUCAUGGUUUUCGCCAGUUUGCUAGAAUAUGCAACAGUCGGAUAUAUGGCUAAAAGGAUUCAAAUGCGAAAGAAUCGUUUUAUGGCAAUACAGAAAAUUGCCGAACAAAAGAAACUAAACGUGGAUGGGGGUCCCGACAGUGACCACGCUCCAAAGCAAACAGAGGUACGUUUUAAGGUACACGAUCCUAAAGUUCACAGCAAGGGUGGCACUUUGGAGAGUACCGUGAACGGCGGAAGGGGUGGCGAUGAGGAAGCCGGCGCGCCCAUCCCGCAACACAUAAUUCAUCCGGGUAAAGACAUUAAUAAACUGUACGGCAUCACGCCAUCGGAUAUAGACAAAUACUCUCGAAUAGUGUUUCCGGUGUGCUUCGUGUGUUUCAACUUAAUGUACUGGAUUAUUUAUUUGCACAUCUCUGACGUUGUGGCGGACGACUUAGUGCUGCUCGAGUCGGACAAGUAAAAGAAAAAGAAGAAAACCAAGUCGAAAAAUUGGUCACCCAUUAAUAUUAUUAUUAUUAUUAUUAUUAUCAAAUCGAAACGAGAGAUGGACGCAUGAAUAUUGUGUGUGUCUGUGUGUAUAUGUGUGUGAAAGAAGGAAAAUCUUGUAUAAAUCCCACUACACAAUUUUAGGUACAUAAUUAGUCUUCUCAAUAUUCUUCUCCCACAACCACCGCGUAGAAUCGCGAAACUGAUGACUUAAGUAAUGNA